AUAUCUCUCUCUCGCUUCUUCAGCAGAACCCCAUUUUGUUCAACAUUUUUAGUAAAAAAAUGUUCAGGACAAAAACUCAUCUCUCAUGAUCUCUUUUGUUUACCUAUUUUAGGGAACUUCCCCUUUCCUUUCUUGAGCCAGCACUUUUGGUUGUCUGUGUUACUACACCCACUCGGCAUCUUAUUAAUAAGGAAGGUUAAAGUUCCGAUCUUUUUGGAGGGAGGAGAUCAGUAGAGGAAGAAAGAUGGCUCGGGAGAAGAUCAAGAUCAGGAAGAUCGACAACGUGACGGCGAGGCAGGUGACUUUUUCCAAGAGGAGACGGGGGCUUUUCAAGAAAGCUGAAGAACUCUCCGUUCUCUGCGAUGCUGAGGUUGCCCUCAUCAUUUUCUCUGCUACUGGGAAGCUCUUCGAGUAUGCCAGCUCCAAUAUGAAAGACAUUCUGUCUCGCUAUAAUCUGCAUUCUAGUAACAUCAACAAACUUGAUCAACCAUCUCUCGAACUGCAGCUAGAGAAUAGCAAUCAAAUGUUGAGCAAGGAAGUUGCCGACAAAAGCCACCAGUUAAAGCAGAUGAGAGGAGAGGAUCUUCAAGGAUUGAGUAUAGAAGAGUUGCAGCAGCUUGAGAAAAUGCUUGAAUCUGGACUAACCCGAGUGCUUGAAACCAAGGGUGAACGGAUUUUGAAUGAGAUCUCUGCACUUGAGCAGAAGGGAGCAGAAUUACUGGAAGAGAACAAACGACUUAAAGAUAAAAUGGUAGCAUUGUCUAAGGGGAAAAGACAUUUACCAGCAGAGUCGGAUAUUGCGGUUCAGGAAGAAGGCAUGUCCUCGGAGUCUGUCACAAAUGUUUGCAGUUGCACUAGUGGCCCUCCUGUGGAUGAUGAUAGCUCAGAUACUUCUCUCAAAUUAGGGCUUUCCCUUCACUAGCUGAAACAAUAUGGGAAGUUGCAUGCUUAAUAAUCUUCCAAGGAUUAAGAAUGUUGAACAACUCCUGGAUUAGAGUCUACUAAGCUGUGUGCUAUCCUGUCUUCUUCUUGUUGUUGAGAUGUGUACUAUCCAAUGAGCUAAAUUGAAUGAAAACUAGGAUGCAUUAUAUGUAAUGUAUGAAUCUAACCUGUUUGUCCUAUUAAGUCGUUAAAGUUUGUUGGUAUUAGACAAUGAUCAAUUUAGUGUAGCACGUAAGACUAAACAAUAAUCCUUGUUCACUUUCUUAUCGGAAUGAGAGUUUUUCUUUGUAUCAACUGGAAUGAAGUGUUAUUGACAUU